UCUCGUGGCCUGGGUCAGCCCGUGAGAAUCUUGGCAAGCCCUCCACUGCGGAAGGAAGGAGCCGUCCUGACGCUGAGCUCUCACCAUGUCUCAGGCGGAAUUUGAGAAAGCUGCUGCUAUGGUGAGGGAAAUGAAGGUUCCGAUCUCAGAGCAAGAAAAACUGGAGAUUUAUAGUCUCUACAAACAAGCCACCAUCGGGGACAUCAACAUUCCCUGCCCUUGUGCAACCGAUGUAACAGGCAAAGCCAAAUGGGAGGCCUGGAAUGGACGCAAAGGGAUGAGCAAGGCCGAUGCCAUGAAGAAUUACAUAGCGAAAGCAGAAGAGCUGAAAAAGAAGUAUGGAGCGUAAAAUUGAGCGUUCGUAGAUAUCAGGCAGCCUCGUGCCAUUAGCAGAGCUUUUGACCCAGCAUCCCUGCUAGGGAGUUUCUCUCACCCUUAGAUCAGUGUAGCGUAGCUGUCAAGCUAAUAAAACUAAUCAACAACAGUGGAGUGUAUGUGGCUGGAAAAAAGCGUGCAGAGUUUGCAUGCUCCCCUUUGAGUCUAUACAUGUAUGGAAGUUCAUUUCAGGAUAAGGAUAGUCCAGCCAUUGUUUAUGAUUUCUGGUAAACUCUUACAGAUAUUUAAGAGGCUGACUUCACAAGCCAGUGUAUUUGUUUAAAGAAACACCCUCCCUUUGAAAAAACACAUUACUGUCUGCCAGUGUCACACUUACCCUAGUUAAUAGAGCUGCUCAAGCUUAUGGGACAAAGGAACUUGAUGGACUGUUUGACUUUGUUCAGUUUCUCCCUUAUUAAAAUGGGCCUGUGGAAUUCAGACAAUUAAACAAGAAACCACAUUGCCAAUAUGUAAUCCUGGGGUGUGGAGAAGACACACCACAGGCAGCCUUUACAAGGUCAAAUGGUGGGCAAUCAUUAAUCCAGAACAGGCCAGGGUUAAUCUAGAUACGAUCUCCCCCUCUCUAAUUUCCUUUUAACCUUUUUAUACUUCAGAUUCUGUGCUGAUGUUCAGUUCUUAAGGAAGCACAUCAGUUCACCAAGCUAAAGCAAUACAACUCCAGGGCAAACCGUUGAUUAGAAACCAUUGUCUCUCUCACCGGUGCCAGGGUGGGAGGUUGUUACUAGAUAUAUGCAAGUAACUGGAUGAUGGGGGCUCAUCGAGAGGUCAGCAGCUCCCACUCCUCACUUUAAGUUAGUUGCUAUGGCAAAGAUUAUGAUGUCAUUAGAAUGAUGAUGUUAAGGACCAAGAAGCAGAUGAAUUCCUCACCAUCCAAGCUGCCAUUUGCAGAUACAGUACCUGCCCCUCUAAAUAAAACAUGGAUUACUUCCAAGUGUGUUAUUUAGAAAACCUUCUGUGUGCCCUUCACACAUGCAGCACCACAAGCAGAGAAUUUGGGUCGGGAGGUAGACAGCAGAUGGCCACUCUGCUCUUCUGAUUCAAUGGAACUCUUUCCAAUGAGCUUAAACUCAUCUACUGCAGAAUACAGAGCCGUCUUGCAGA